AUGAUUGGUAAGGCGCUUGCGGGCAUUUUCCUGACUGGACUGUUUUCAGCAGGGGUUCAGGCGGUGGACGAGCCAGUGCCGAUGAAGCAGGUCGACCGGUCGAAACUGUCGGAGUCGUUUCGCAACACAGGGCAGCAGGGCGGAACAUUUGCCCUGGGGUCGGAAGGGUAUGUGGCGCGGGAAAACGGUUCGAUGACGUAUCCGUAUAUUUAUACGGGAUCUUCGACAUCGGGUAGCUUCAGAGGUCGAGAUCAGGACUACGACAACUCGAAGGGCCAGGGGGUGUGGAUACUCGCGCGGGAUGUGAAUGGGAAUUCGUUUGUCACAUCGUCGGGGCCGGUGUCCAACACCGGGGAUGUGGUGCAGGUGGUGCCAGAUUUGACGCCGGGAUCGGGCAAUUUGCGCUUGCGGAGCGGGGAAGACCCACCGAUCGUGGCGGCCCGACUGGGGUUUGAUACCCAGGACGCCAACGUGUGGUUCAACACGGACCGCGGCGGGAUCACCGAGCAGCCCAAACCAAUUUCCGAAGAGCCUGUAGAAGUGGAUAAUUACCGCGAGAACGGGUCAUAUACGCUGCCCAGGUUCGAUCACUUUCCAGAAGAAACUGUGAUUACGAAAUGGCGCAGCAACACGAAUAUCGAGCCAGACGGGACGGGGAUGACAAUUACGCGGUCUGCGUAUGGAUGGAGCCACCCGGAUUACGACGAUUUCUUUUUUGUGGAACUGGUCAUAGAGAAUACCUCAAACCGGUCCUAUGAAGAAGUGUAUAUGGGAUAUUUGAACUAUUUCAGCGUGAAUAAGCCCGGGCACUCGUUUCGCAAGUGGAAUGGCUACUGGUUUUCCGAACCGGGACGGCGGCUUGAAGACGACCGGUAUCAGUUUACCGAGGCCGCCAAUUACGGUGGGAAAUACCGAGGUAAAAAGGUAUCGUAUCAGUUCGAUGGCGAUGCACCCACCAGUUCAAAUAACGACAUGGGCGAACCCCGGUUCGGCGCAGAAGCCAUUGGUGUGAUCGGAUAUCGGGCAGAGCAAGAAUUGUAUUCGCCGCAAUACAUAGGCUGGGGACCUGUAGAUGUGACACCGCCCUUUAUCAACGACCCGGAAAGUUAUGUGCCGAUUACGGGCAUGGCGAUGGGGGGCGAGGAUAUUCCCAUCAGUCAGCCUGCGUAUGCACACUGGUGGAAGCGCCGAAGCCGCACGAACAUCGAGUUUGAGCCGCACGAAUCAGUUGAUACGAUUGAAGAGAUGUGGAAGAAGUUCAUCACGCCGGGUAAGCCCUAUGACGACAACCCGAUUGAGGGUGGUCCAAACCCCGAUGAGCGAGAAUUGCAGGAGCAACUGCACUCGCAGAUGUUCGGUCCCUGGAAGUUGGCACCGGGUGACAAGGCAAAAAUCGUGAUAGUUUUUGCCGCGGGUAUGGCAGCCGAGAAUGCGGGCCCAGGCGGUGAGCCGAUGGACUUUCGCAUCUGGGCCAUGACGCCAGGCGCGCAGUCGCAGGUGCCCGGCGGUGAGGAUAUUUUGUUCAAUCACAUCGACCGCGCACGUCAAUUGUACGCGAUGGGAUUUGACCUGCCCAAUCAACCGCCAGAUGUGGAAUCAAUUGCGCGUGCCGAAACCGACCGUCCUGUUUUGCUUCGCAGCAAUGCAAAUGGCAACGUGGAGUUGUCCUGGAGCGACGGUGCCGACGAUGCAGUGCAUCCGGAUUAUUCGGGCGGCGAGGCGCAGGAUGUGGCCGGUUACAAGGUUUACGGGAACACGGCACUGAUCCAGACCGAUCCAGUGCAGCAUGCUGGCGCGCCUCUGGGCCCGUGGAAUCUGAUCGCCACAAUUCAGGCAAAAGACCCAAGCUAUUACGAUGCCUCGACCGGGAUUUAUACUUUUGCCGAUGAGAACUCAAUUACGGGAUUCGGGUAUCGGUACAAUAUCGUAACCUAUGCCAACGGGCACGCGAAUUGGGAGAACCUGAAUGCGCAGAAAAACGCGAUUCCAGGCGCGCAAAUGCCCGUCCCGACAACACUUGCAGAUCUGCCCCCCGUGGUUCAAAACCAUAUCCGCACGGGGACCGAGUCGAGCCAUAUUGUGACGGCUGCGCGGCACAACACAUCCGGCGGUCAGUUUACACCUGUUGUGGCAGCCUCAGAUGGGUUCGACGCCUUAGACGAGAAAGUGUUUGUGGUGCCAAAUCCCUGGAAGGACGACGGGUUGCAUUCCUUUGGGGCGCAGGGCGACAACAACAAGCGCAUGCGGUUUACCAACCUGCCGCGUCUGGCUCGAAUUUCGAUUUUCACGGCUGCGGGAGACCUGGUCAUGGAAAUAGUACACGAUGGGACGCGCGGAGAUCAGCACACGGCAGAAGUGAGUUGGUCUCAACGAUCGCGUUCUGGCACGUCGUACGCGUCUCCGGGAAUUUAUUUCUUCGCCGUAGAGUCGCUGGUGCCAGGGCAAGAAGGCAAGGUUCAGACGGGCAGUUUUCUGAUUAUCCAGUAA